AUGCCAUUGAAAGAACAAUUAGAAAGUAUAUUAGAAAGAAGGAAAAAACGUGACCUCUGUCGUUCUCUAGUGAUUGCAUCGCCUUCAUCAGUCGAUUUUUCAUCUAAUGAUUUUCUUGGACUUUCAAGAAAUAAGGUUCUAAAUGAAAAAUUUUUAAAUACUCUUAUCACAUUUCCUCACCCACCACUGGGUUCAACAGGUUCACGACUUUUGGAUGGAAAUUCAUCGUAUGCUGAGUCAUUAGAUAAAUUUCUUGCUGAAUUUCAUAAUGCGGAAAGUGCAUUGAUGUUUACAUCUGGUUUUGACGCGAAUGUAGGAUUUUUUAGUAGUGUUCCACAACCGGGAGAUGCUGUUAUCAUAGAUGAAUUCGUGCAUGCAAGUGUACAUGAUGGUGUGAGAAAUUCUAGAGCAUCAUUAAUUACAAGUUUCAAACAUAAUGAUGUGGAAAAUCUUAAAUUAGUUUUAGAGAAUGUUAUAACGAAAAUUGGUACAAAAAAUAAUAUCUUUGUGGCUGUGGAAAGCUUAUAUUCAAUGGAUGGUGAUUUUUCUCCUCUAAAGGAAAUUGUUGAAACCUUAAGACCAUUUAAUGCAUACUUAUUCGUUGAUGAGGCAUGUAUUGAUCUGAAUAGUUACCAAAUGAGUGUUGCCGAAUUUAGUCCCUAUAAUUAUGUUAAAUUGAUUUCUCAAAAAUAUACAACGAUAGCUCAUUCAAAUGGCGUGUAUGGUUAUCAAGGCAGAGGGAUCGUUAGUGAAUUAGGUUUGGAACGUCACGUGUUCGCACGAUUACAUACUUUCGGCAAAGCAUUGGCUAGCAAUGGAGCGGUUAUUCUUGGUCCGAAAAUAUUAAGGUCAUAUCUAAUCAACUACGCGAGGCCAUUAAUCUUUUCUACUUUCUUAUCAUAUAACAACCUUAUAUCUAUAAAAUGCUCUUAUGAAGUCAUGUCUAGCGAAAUAGGUGAUCAGCUUCGACAAAAUUUAAUGAAAUUAAUUAAUAUAUUCCGUUCAAAUAUCAAAUUACCGCAUGAUGUUUUGUUACCAUCCACAAGUGCUAUCCAAGGAAUAAUUGUUCCAGGCAAUGAAAAUGCAGUAAAAUUAAGUCGUAUAAUCCAAAAGGUAGGAUACAAUGUAAAGCCAAUCCGAUCGCCAACCGUCCCUGUCGGAAAAGAACGUGUAAGAAUUUGCAUACAUGCUGAUAAUACUGAAGAAGAAAUUUUAGGAUUAAUAAGUGUUAUUGAAGAUUAUUUUAAAGAGAAUAUGGGAAUAAGAAAUAACUAUAUUUCAAGACUUUAA